AUGUCAGCAUCUCCCCAUAAUUUAGACAAGAAAGAACCAUCUUUUGGACCGUCAUUACGCAAGUCAUCAGUCCCACCAUCCGACCGAUCGGGCUCCACCCCUCGAGAAUACUCUUUUAGCAGGAGCUCCGUAGAGGCACGCCAGACUGACAUGCGGUGCGACAAUAGCACAAGAGACUCCGAAUCAAACGUAGAGGAUCGGGCCUCCAGUCCCUCGAAAUCAAAAGCUAAAAAAAAGGGUCGAAGUGGCAGUCACAAAUUGACCAUGGGAGCACCAUUUGGAAAUGCCUCCCGAGAAUCACGUAAAACCGCUCGUGACAAUCUGAAGGCAGGCUCUGUUGACACGCUUUCGGUGGACAACGAGGAUAGCAUCUGUGGUGCGGAUAUUAAAUUUAGAGAUAGCUGCAGAGCGUCCUGUGGAAUGCCACCACUAGGCACCUCAUCUUUCUACGGUGGAUGUUCCGGCGGACGAGAUCCUUUUCAAAGAAAUUUUGAUGAUCUAUCUGACCUUGAUUGUCAGUCUCGUCCACAGAGUCGGCUUCAAAGUGUGGGUGACACAACCGCCAAUAAACCCAGACGUCGGCCCAGUCGACGUUCCAACGGCGGCAAAGGUAACAAGCGCUUGAACAAAAAGGAUUCCACAGACCCUGGAAGCUGUGGUAGCCGAAAAAAUAAAUCUCAACCAGAACUGGACUUGACAACAGGAAGUGAUUUGCAACAACGGUGGUCGGAUGCAGAGGGUUUAUCGACAAAACGUUCAAACGUAAAUAAAACUGCUAAGGGUGGCAUGAAACGUUCACAUUCCGAAGAGAUCCCGGCUACGAACGGUACUCCUAGUAAACGUUCGUCUAGAAAACGUGAUUCCCAGAGCAAGCAAAGUAGGCUCCAGCUAGACUGUGAUCCAUGCUUGAGUUAUAAAGGCGCUAAAGGUGAGCAGCGGGCGAUUAAAAAAGAAUCCGCUUCUGAACCUCGUACCACUGGGAGUCUUCGCAAACAGUCACAGACAUUUGAGCCAAGUGCAGAAGGUAGCAGGCGCAGAUCGAAAAUCAGAAAGUCUGGAUCGUCAUCUCGAGGUGGGUUUCCUCUUCGUCUAACUGAAAGUAGCAUGGAUUGUGAUGCCUUAAGGAGUAGCAAAAGUGCGUUAUCAAGGCCCCGAUCUUCACGUCCUGGCAGUCGUCAUCAGGAAGGAGAUGCGGUGGCUGACGACGAUAGAAAAUCUCACUCUCGGAAGCAAUUAAGCAAAAAAUCAUCCAUAGAAAAACUUUGCUACAGGGACAACAGAGCCUCAAUACUUCGACGAUGUUUUAUCGCGUUGAAAAUUGCCGCAGAAAGGGACUCCUGUGAAAGCCUUUCUCGAUGCUCAACUUCGCGACUGAGUAAUCCUUGUCAGGCACGACGCGUCGAAGCUAAUGAAGAAAUCGAAGAUGACGUAUCUAACCAUCUCGUUGACAAUAGCGAUAAAAUGUCAACGGGGACUGAUCCCAUUCCCCAAAUAGAGGACCCCUCUAUGGGAGCAAUUGUACCCCAGGAUGACCCACCUGUUUGUGAAAAGCCCUGCCAAGUAGAAAAGAAUAUGGAUAUUAGCAUAAAGCUACAGGGUCAUGAGAUUGUGUUGAAGGAGAAUGGUGAAAAUUGUGAAUGUCCUUUUACGGGGUCAAAUACACCAAGACAGAGCUGUGAACAGAAGCUUUACGGCAACGAUAUUGCAAUCGAAGUUUGCGACCGAAAAAUUAUAAUUAGGAACUAUGCAUCACCAUGUCUAAUUCAAGCAGAUCGUUCCGAUCAAGAACCAGAAGAAUGCAACAUAGCAUCUUGCAAUCAACCUCCUAAUAGCUGCAGGGAUAGCAUUAUUUCAAAGGGCGUUGGAGCCAUCAGGCGGCUGUCUCAGAAGUUCUCAACAAAGCAAAAUUGCAAAUGUGAGCCACAGCCCAGUGAGACCACAUCCCUUAAUUCAGCUUCAGUAGCCGACGUGCACGCGUGUAGUUUUGAGGACGUCGAAGCUUCUGUUUGUAAACCAGCGACAUCUGUUGCCUCUGCCUGCAAACCUCCAGUUAGCAGUCCUGUCGCGUGCGAAUCUGCCGCACGAACACCUUGUGAGGGAUUCACAAAAAGCGCCAAUAAAGAUAGCCCCUGCCGCCGUUCGCAGUUAUCUAACGAUGCAUUGGUCAACAGUAAAUGCUCAGCCUACCCAAAACCAUGUGAUCCAACGCAUUCAUGUUCACAGCAAUCCAGUUCUUCAUCUGUGCAGUUGCACAAGUGUGGGAGCCCGCAAUCCUGCCAACAAAUAUCAGAGCCCUGUGGUAAAUUCACGCCGCCGAGCGAUAAUAUUUGUCAAGCCGUUGCAAGUCCUGCUUCGCCUUGCUGCAAUCCCAGCACUUCAGUAAUAUUGCGUGCGCCCCCGAAGCAGGGUACAACUACAAUGGAGUUUAAAGUGUCUUACGAAUGUCCUAGCAACACUUCAUCCACACUUCCAAACCAUGGAGAUGUGGAGGACGAUCAGGCUCCCUCUACCAAAUACAAAAGUAGUAAACCAAAUCUAAUGGCUAGAAUUAUGAAGAAAAUGAUUCGUGCAUUUUCUAAAAGGAGUUACAAGACAGCAGAGAGCCAAACUGAGUGCGUAACAACCAUUGAAAUUGUUGAGUCCCGAUGUGUCACGCCUUGCGACACCUCAUCCUGCUCUCUAGCCCUCAACAACAGCCCUCCUAAAUUUGCAUGUUCCACGUAUUCCACAUCUCGUUGUGUUUCAAACCAGAGUCCAUCAUUGAUGGAUCUAACUGAAGACCCUCCUCUCACCCUAAACGUCACUGCAGCUUGUCCUAAACAAUGCUCUCCUGUAAUUACAAAUGGCUGCGACGAGAACCAGAAGAAAACUAUAAAUGCUGACACAGCUUGUGCUGGAAGAUUUUCGAUUAGAAGAUGCCAAUCCAAACUUGAGAAUAGUAUGGAAUCACCACGUACUAGCUUGUGUGACAGCGAAGAUGAAGAAAUUCAAGUCUCUCGUACAAUGUCUUGUCCACCCAGAACCCUAAACACGCCGACUCCGCCUACAAGGACAACUCGUUUUUCCUUAAAUAGCUUAGCCCCAAAACCGCAAGAAAAGGGCUGUUGUAAUGCAGACAUGAGAGGCAGCAUGAUCGGAACCCAGUUUAGUGCGAUGAGUCAAGAAAGGUUGCCAAGCCUUUCAAGAACCGCUUCAAGGCAGUCCCUCACGUCGGUAACGGCUCUUUCGCAAACCACGAAGCUAAACCACGAACCAAGGCAUGCCUGUUCGGUCCCUAACAAUGAGCGAAGAUAUUCCGAAAGAGAAACCUACCCAUCACACGUUUCGUAUGCUCCGAAAUCUGAAUGCAGCUGUAGUUCCGAAAUUUUAUCAAAAAAUAGAAUGGGACCUGGAACUAUGCACUGCAGCCAACCUGUCAGAACGUUUUCAAAACCUUGCAUUAGAGAUAUCCCUUCUGUGAAUAUUGUUGAUGCUGAAGAUCUGCCUGGAGAGACUUCCUCGUUGUCACCGUCAAAUCCGGAAAACAAAGAUAGAUUGACGGUACGCUGUCCAGAAAAUUCGAUUAACCAUAGCUCAUCGGCUGAAUUCGAGGACCUCCAAUGCCAAAGGCACGAUGUGGGCUUCAAAAGCAAAGAAGGUAGGGAAUACCUUUCGCCAACUCAUGCAAACCACACCGCUUGUUGUGCCUGUCACAUAGUCACUCAAACGUCUCCAGAAAUGUCAACGAAACAAUGCGGCAUGAGUAAGAACGAAGAAAUCAGGAGUCCGAACUUACCUUUAUGCAAAGGAGCCAAUAGCAGUCUAGAAUAUAUCGGAUCUGAAACGAAUAAAGCUGCCAGUACUUUCACUCCGGUGAGGAACGGCUGUCUCAAGAAAGGUGGAGCCGAAGAGAAGCCUCAGUGGUGUGGCCAAGCAGGAAGAAUAGAAUCCUGGCUAGUAUCCGGGAUCCACACUACACCGGCACCUGCAAUAAUCUCUAUAAGCGGUCCCAGCAUUCGUCCGUUCAAUGACAUUACUGCAUGUCAUUCCUCUGAAUUCUUUGACUUCAUUUCGGAUUUCGUAAGUAAAGACCUUCCUAAACAACCUGGAGUCCCUUCUCUCCAAACGAGUGUCCAGCUACCUCCAUCCAGACUAAAUCGAAAGGAUGACUUUCAGAAGGAAAUAUCGGUUGAAUAUAGUCCUGCUAAUUCAGCUACGAGAGCCAACCAGAUGAUUAACUACAAACCGCUAUCUCGUACAAUAGCAGAUGGGGAUGUAACUCCACAGCUGAAUACCUUUGACUUCUCGUGUCAACUUGAACAGAGAGGGAUUACAGUGGUAAAUUGUCAAACAAGAAACACCGAGGAUUUGUAUUCAGAAGAAACUGAAGAAUCAGAAUUGACGGAGGGUGAAGAACAGCUAUUAUCAACACCGACACUGCUGAACAGCCUUAGCGAAGAUCCCAGAACAGGGGACGGUUCUUUGUCAAGCACCACUCCGGAAUCUUACAGUGAAACACACGGUAACACCAGAACGGCAGCAGACUCGUUUGUCUCCGACUCACGUGCAUCUACGCCUAGUGUCUGGAACGACAAACUUCGAGGUUCUGGAAAGGAUCGUCGAAAAUCAACCAAAGUCCCAAUUAGAAGCAAAAAUCCACCGACUUUAACAGAAUCACACGUGAGCACUAAAAGAAGGAAAGCACGUCAUGACGCAGAAGUCGAUGCUAAAAGCUUUCUCACUAACCUAAAUAAAAUUUCGGAAGGAACUGUGAAAGUGGGUGACUGGAAUCUCCAAAGGUUUAAAGGAAACAGGGCCUUUGCUCUUCGCAAAAUGCACAACAGCACUUCACCUUGUGUAAAAUGCUCAGCUUGUUUAUCCGACAUGACACCAGUCUUUACUACUCGAAAAUUUGAUUUACCUGGAGUUAGGACUGAGGCAUUUCAAAGUUCAACGUCUGAAGCCCAUUACUUAGCCAAAAAAGCUAAUGGACCCGAUAAUCCAUCUCGGUCAUGUAAGCCACGGUUUUUCAGCAAAAGGGCCAACGCUUGCGGUGGGGACGAUAGGCAAAUACCUCAAUUAAGGAAACAUCUUUCCAAUAAUUGUGGCAAUGGCAUUCGACCCAUUAAACGCCUAGCGGACAAGCAGCACAUAAAUGACGACAAGGCAAGCGGGUAUUCGCACUCCAGCGAAUUUGCGAUGAACAUCAGAAGCCUUUCAACGUACCCGGGUGAAAUAAACAAUGAUCUCACCCUACCGGCAGGUACCAUUACCAACUUGAGGGUGUGUAAUCAACCUUCACAACGCAAUAAAAGACCGCGCGGCUCGUCACAACGACGUACUGGUAAGCGUUUUAGCCCGUCUAGCGUCUCCACUAAUUCAAAAUCAGGAACAGCUUCGUUGCAUUCUCAACCUGGAGUCAAGCCGAAUCAAGUGCCAUUCAGGGUACCAGACCCCUCUAUCCAUCCUAGACGCCGUAAGCUCGACAUUACUGGGCACAGACAGGAAAGUCCAGUUUCUGAUACAAGUGAAAGAAGCAACGACGAAGGACACGGUGCUAGGUCAUGGAGAGUACCUAGUACUAAGCUAUUUCUGAAGAAGGGCAAUACCAAUUCAUGGAGGCAGUGUACACAGGAGGGUCGCUGUAAGUGUCGACCGUCCUUACCCAGGCAUUUGUGCAAGUUUGAGAAACGGAAGAUUGACCUGAAAGAUAACAGAAAGGGUGGCACGUGCAGCACUGUUGAUGCUUCCGCCAAUACCGGAUGUUGUUGUAGAGCAAAACAAGAGGAGCCUUCAUGCUCAUGCUUAAAUUCUCAAUCUCUAGAUUCAUCAUGCUCCAUUAAUUCUUCAGACCACCCAGUGUGCUCAGAAAAGGACUCGGAAAACAGUGGUAUAAGCAUCCAGUAUCCAUGCCGAGGAGAUUCGUUACAUGCUAAUAUUGGCAGAUUUUCGGAAAUAAAGUCCUCGCGACAGCGAAAUUCUAGUGGUGCAGUUGAUGCACAAUUGAGCAUAAACAGGCGACGUCCUAGAUUCUUGUGGAUUGAAGAAGCAUUUCCAAAGUACAAGGUUGCUGGAUGGAGUGUGAGCCCUUCCACUCCGCCACUGGCGAUAACCUCACAGCUAUCUGACUACGAAUCUAGCAUACAAUCACCCGUCAUUUCACUGAAUUCACAAGAUUGCUGUUCGCGCUAUCCUACCCAACGGCAGCUCCAAAAUUCGUGUGGGAGCAAUGAAUUUGGAGGUGUAAUUCACAAAAACACGGGCCUAUCAAACAUGAGUUGGCUUGUUUCAUUGCCUAGUAAUUCUAACCUCCUCCAACCGAAGAACUCCACUGGAUUAUCAAAACUCGGUGGCAGGGCUGGAGCACCAGCAGUAAAAGAAUCAUCCAAAGGUCUUUGCAUCGUGGAAAUCUAA